AUGCGGCAGGUAUUUACUGGAAACAUUCCGGCUACCAACGGCACGACAACCGUCAGCGACACCUUCACCAUCAAAGGCACCUAUUGCGCUCCCCAUGAUGUCAAGGCGAGGGACACACUGGAGGUUUUCGUCCACGGUGCCAUGUACAACAAGUCGAUAUGGGCAGGCAUGGGAUUCCACGGCCCAUACGAUUGGCACAAGUACGCCAACUCGAGGGGAUACGCCACCCUUGCCCUGGAUCGACUAGGCCACGGCGACAAUCCUCAACACCCCGAUCCUCUCAGCGUGGUGCAAGCACAGAUGCAUGUCGAAAUCCUGCACCAAAUCAUUCGCGCCGCCCGCACUGCGAGCUCCCCGAUCAACGUGCUAGGGCGGGCCUUUAACAAGGUGGUUUACGUCGGACACUCCUAUGGCUCAGCCCUGGGCGCUGCGCUGGGCACGCAGUACCCUGCUGACGCCGACGCCCUGGUGCUCACCGGGUACAGCAGCUAUGUUGACUUCUCGUUGCUCGCCGCGGCCGACUUUUCCAGCGCUGCCACGUCCGACCCAGCUCGCUUUGGCGGCCUGCCCGCGGGCUACGUGACCAUGACCAACGAGACGCAACACAGAACGGCCUUGUUCUUCCCAGGCGGCUACGACCCUGCGAUCCCGCCCGUCGAUUUCGCCUACCGAGACACCAUCACCGUCGGCGAGAUUGGGUCGCUGCCGUCAAUGUUGGGUGCCGCGGCUGUCAAUUACACGGGCGCGGUCCUGGUUACUACGGCCGUGCAGGACGCCUACUUCUGUGAGGGUGAUCAGGCGCAGUGUGAAGCCCAUCUUGCAGCCACAGGAGACUGGUUUCCCAAUGCCGUCCACUACGACUAUAUCGCGCCCGACAGCACGGGGCACGACCUGACGCUUCACUACACGGCCCGGGAUACUUUGAAGAGGGUCCAUGCAUGGCUUGAUGCGAAGUUGUAG